AUGCCAUUGCGGACUCUACUGCCGUCGAAACCUGCAUCAGGUCCUGCUCACCGGAGACACGGCAGUAUCGUCGAAGAUCCCCCCUCGACUUCGGCGAGCAGCAAUGUGCCGUCCACUUGCACUCGCAGUCGUGGAAGCUCACUGAAGAGACUGAGUUUGAGUCUGUCGCGAACAAACGAAGAACCUUUCCCUCCAUUCUUGACGCAGGAGCCCGAUAGACUUCCUUCCCACGAACUCUCCGUCCAGCCUGAUGUACCCUCCCACCAAGCUGACCCGCCCAAAAGUGCCAGCACUCCGGCCACCAGAUCCUCCACGCGAGAUGAAGGAGAAGGAAGAAAUGGCCUUCAAAAUGACCUCGGUUCCGGCCCUCUGCCCAAGCCUCAAAGGCUGUCACUCUUAGGAUUGAGGCAUGCGUCAGAUCCACAACUAUCGACCAGAUUCAAGAACGAGGAAAUCAGCCCUUCGAACGAAGCCCCACCUCCCAAAAUCAUCACAACUGCGCCUACGACAAACGAAUUCGACGAACCUACCCAGAAGCCAUCCAAACGAAAAUUGUUUGCUCGAGCGCCAAGUCCCUUUCGGAAGAGUCGCAGCUUUAGACAGACCGUUUUGGAUCCUUUGAAAGGUACAACUACUGAGGACGCGCAGGCUGAGCAGGGGAACUUGUUGAAGGCCGGAAUGCUCAAAGAAUCCACAUCCUUUGAGCGCCUUCCGCGGCCAAAGACAGGACAUUCUGGAGUGGCACCACCUGCAUACGGUGAUGAGUCUUCGUCCUCGCUUGCAAUCCCCGUUACAAGACUUUCGGAAUCGUCUCGAUCUGAUGACAGUUCUGGCGACCACCACGUCUACGCGAAGACUACCACUACACACACUAUUUCUACCACCACCACAUUCUUCAAACUCAAGAGGCGGAAGAAGAAUAAGGGCCCGCUUUUUCCCUUACCUGAAAAGUUCGUGACGCCAGCCUCGGGUCGAACCACCAGCUCGCACACUCCUCAGGAGUCGCUGAUCGGGAGAAAAUCCAUGUCACCGAGCAGGAGAUCAAACACAGCGGUCAGAUUUGAUACUGAGCCUGGCCGACAUGGCUCGGCAGUUCCUUCACCAACUCGUUCUGCUGUGGCACUUACCAAUGCUCCAUUUGGGUCACCUGGAGCCACGAUUGUACGGCAAGACUCCAAUUGGUCCACGCACUCAGGCCAUUCCACCCCGUCAGUGACACUUGUGCCUCCUCGAGUAUCAGGCAGAGGAAGGUCGUCGACCUUGAGUUCGCUAGGGAAAUCGACUGAGAGGCUAUCUGACACCGGUCCCCAGCCAGCAUCAACGCGGACAUCAACCUCGACGAGUGGCAGAAGAAGCUUUGGCGACUUGUUGUCUCUUCCUCACCGACUACGGCAGAAUUCCGCACCACCGACACGCCCUGGUGCCGGUUCCAGCCCAGGGACUCCAGGCUCAAAGUCCAACUCUCUACAUAUACCACGAGAGCCAGAACCGGAACGGGUAUAUCCCAAGCGAGAGGAUGGCGACACACCGGCCAGUUACCUGGAGAAGCUCGAAGCCGCAGUUCCAAGGAGUGCGAUGGCAUCUAUUCUUUGCAAGAGCGCAGAUGACUUCUCCAAAACUUGCUUGCGCAAGUAUAUGCGGGGCUUUUCCUAUUUUGGUGAUUCCGUUGACAUGGCGAUCCGGAAAAUGUUGAUGGAGGUAGAGUUGCCCAAGGAGACUCAACAGAUCGAUCGACUACUAGCGGGGUUCGCGGACAGAUACUACGAAUGCAACCCGGGGAUUUUCUCUUCCACCGACGAAGCGGCCUUUGUUGCGUUCUCCAUCCUUCUCCUCCACUCGGAUACGCACAAUAAGAACAACAAGCGGAAGAUGCAGAAACAAGAUUACGUCAAGAAUACCCGACAAGGCCCGGUGCAGAUCUCGAGUGACAUUUUGGACUGCUUCUACGACAACGUGUGCUACACACCUUUCAUCCAUUUCGAGGACGAGGUCGCCGUUAACAGUCAUCGCCUAUCAGUGCCCAAGCCGAAAAGAAGCCUGAUCAAGACCAGAAGCCUCGAAAGCCUCCGCGGCCCUGUCGACCCAUACACUCUAAUCUUGGACAACAAGCUGGACGUCUUGCGGCCGUCUCUGAAAGAUGUCAUGGAUACAGAGGACUGUUAUUGUUCCACAGGGACGUCCGGUGUUCUCGAAACCGAUCAUCAUCACAAGGCCUUUGUCAACUCGGCUGUGUUGCAAAUUGUGUCUGCACGGUCUAGGCCGGACGCUUUUUUGUCCCAAGCUACCAUUAGCAACCCCGGUGAAGCGCAAGCUGGUCUGGUCAGUAUCAAGGUUGCCAAAGUGGGGUUGCUCUGGCGCAAGGACCCAAAGAAGAAGAAGGCAAAGCGCCCAUGGCAGGAAUGGGGGGCGAUUCUGACCGAUUCGAAGCUCUACUUCUUCAAAGAUGUGGGGUGGGUCAAAAAGCUGAUUUCGCAAUACGACGCUCAUUCGAAGUCGGCCAGCAGAUCUGCUCCCCUCGUCUUCAAACCGCCCCUGACUUCUUUCGAGCCUGAUGCGCUGAUGUCUAUGGAUGACGCCGUGGCGCUGCUGGAUUCGAGUUACAAGAAACACAAGAAUGCCUUUGUGUUCAUCAAGCACGGUGGUUUUGAAGAGAUCUUCCUGGCUAACAGCGAGGUUGAGAUGAACGACUGGAUCGGCAAACUCAACUAUGCAGCCACUUUCCGCACCGCCGGGGUGAGGAUGCGUGGGCUCCUGGGUUCCAAUUAUGAAGGCCGCCAUCUACUUCGAAAAGACUCCGAUUUCUCAACCAAGAGUGGAGACACUCCGCAGAAAGACAAGAAAGUCGACCCUCAAAUGGCGUGGGAGAUCAUGUUCUACCGCCGGCAGCUGAUCAAUGAGAAAAUCAGCGAUUUCGACGAGAGGAUUGCCGUGGCCCAAAAGGAACUCGACAAUCUUCUCCGCAAUGCGCGUCACUUGCUGAUCUUGCUCCCCAUUCAGCAGAAGACACGGGAAUUCCUUGUGUUAGCUGCUGGCCGUAUGUCUGCCAAGUUGAAAUGGACUAGGGUCGAGCUUUGGAGAACGAGGACUCACCGAGAGAUUCUCUCCAAAGACCUAGAAGAGGAGGGCGCCACUGCCUUCCCUGCCCCCAAAGCGUCGUUGACCUCGACGCCUCAAAAGACCACCCCUCUAAAGACGGGCCAAGCCGAUCUCGGUCGAACCAUUACAGACACUAGCCACGUGACCUUGUCACCAAUCAGUGCUACUUCUUCGAGACCGUCCAACAUCAUCGAUAAACUCAGGACGUCAGAAAAUGUCAGUAUGCGGACUGAGCAAAGCACGGUUGAUCUUCCAUCAGCCACAAGCCCGUCUCUGUCCGGAGAGCAGUCUCUGUCAAGACACGAAAGCAUUCAAGAUUCGCACAGUCUCUCACACCAAGUGUCUACCACCAGUUCUCGUCACAGUCGAGAUAGAGACCGACUCGCGCGCGGGGCGGAUGAUUCUGAGGAACGCGUCUUACGAGAAGCAGGGUUGAUGCAUGUCGAUGGUAAUGUCGCCCGCGAUAGGAGGCCCGAUACCAGCGAGUCGGAAAGGGAUCGAGUUGGCGCAAUGGCGAGUGCAGUCGAGCCUUCGUCUAAGACUGGAAGUGUCCGCCGAAGCCUUCAGCGCAGUUUGCGUGAAUCUCAUCACCACCAUCACCACCAUCUUCACCAAUCCCCUAGUGUCCAUCGCCAUAAGAAGGGUAAGGAGUCGAGUUCCAGUGUGGCCGCGACAGAGGAUGGAGGCAAGUCGGUCCACGGUGAAGCUGAGGAACUGAAGCGAGGCACAGGCAGUUUCAUCCUGCAUGGCAAGAAGGCUAGCGUCAUUACCAUGUCUCCAGAGUGGCAGCACAUGUCCAACGAGGAGAGGUUGAAGUUGAGGAAGGCCGAACGAGAAAAUGAAGAGGCGGUUGAUGACAAGGCUCCCGUAUCAACAACGCCCUACAAUCGAGACGCCACCCUGGAUUCGGCGAGCCAUGCUUCUUCGACACACGCAGAGGAAUGGGAUGAACGGUUUGGGUCGCCAAACUCGAGCCGGAAGCAAAGCUUUGCGACUACCACAGGGGAACAGUUUGUGGAUGCGGAAACCGGCGAGGGCGAUGGCCCAGUAGAAGUGGCAGGUGAGGUGCGAGUUGAGAAGUCUUGA